AUGAAAAGUUGCAUCUCUGAUGUCAUUUCCUUGCUCUCAGAUCUUAUUGAAGCCAGGGACUUGAUGAUUCCCCUUAAUGUGCGAAAACAUCUGGGAGAAAAGCUACAAACUGCGUUCGCUAUUCUUCAUCAUUUGGAAGUUAACAAAACGGAGUCAAAGGGUAAAGAGAAACUUUUCUCUAGUGAUCCCAUCAUUGACAAUAAAGAAGAGGAAGAGCUUUAUGAAGCUGAAUUGAAAAGGAGAAAAGCUCGUGAAGCUGAGAUGGACGAACAUCAAUGUAUCAUUCGCAAAGCUGAAGCCAAAGAGAAGGCUGAAAAAGAAGCUUAG